AACACGUUGAGACGCGUCAUUUUCACAGAACAACAACAACAACAACUCAAUUUCGUCUCGUUGUUGGUUGCAACACACUGUACCUUUCGCAAACUCAUAUCUGCAUGGAAAGCAACUCGCGUACCUAAAACGAGACUGAAUAUACUACCUCUGAGUUUUUAUAGUUGGUACAAGAGUUAUCCAUCAAAGUGGUUGAACCGUCGAGUCGUCCAACCAUGGCUCAACAGAGAGGAGUCAACACCCUCCAGUUCAACCAAGAUCAGAGUUGUUUCUGUUGUGCCAUGGAGACAGGCGUCAGAAUCUACAACGUGGAACCUCUUAUGGAGAAGGGGCAUCUUGACCAUGAGCAGGUGGGUAGUGUGGCCCUGUGUUCCAUGCUGCAUCGAUCAAACCUCCUGGCUGUCGUUGGAGGAGGAGUCAGCCCUAAAUUCUCUGAGAUAUCCAUGCUGAUCUGGGAUGACGCCAGGGAGGCACGGGACCCCAAGGACAAGCUGGUGCUGGAGUUCACCUUCACCAAGCCUGUGCUUGCGGUGCGCAUGAGACAUGACAAAAUCAUCGUUGUCUUGAAGAACAGGAUAUACGUUUACAGUUUCCCCGACAACCCUGUAAAACUGUUUGAGUUUGACACCCGGGACAAUCCUAAAGGGUUGUGUGAUCUGUGUCCCAGUAUGGAGAAACAGCUGCUAGUCUUCCCUGGUCACAAAUGUGGCAGUCUGCAACUGGUGGACCUGUCAAACACCAAGCCUGGCACGUCGUCCGCCCCCUUCACCAUCAACGCCCAUCAGAGUGAGAUUGCCUGCCUGGCGCUGAACCAGCCUGGCAGCGUCGCGGCCUCGGCCUCCCGUAAGGGCACCCUCAUCCGCCUGUUCGACACCACGACCCGAGACAAGCUGGUGGAGCUCCGUAGAGGCACGGACCCGGCGACCCUCUACUGCAUCAACUUCAGCCACGACUCCUCCUUCCUGUGCGCCUCCAGCGACAAGGGCACGGUGCACAUCUUCGCUCUGAAGGACACCAAACUCAACCGACGCUCCGCAUUGGCUCGUGUGGGGAAGGUGGGCCCUGUGAUUGGUCAAUAUGUGGACAGCCAGUGGUCACUGGCCAGUUUUACAGUGCCAGCUGAGUGCGCGUGCAUUUGUGCGUUUGGAAAGAACACGUCCAAAAAUGUCAACUCUGUCAUUGCUAUUUGCGUGGACGGGACUUUCCAUAAGUACGUGUUCACUCCGGAUGGCAACUGUAACCGCGAAGCCUUUGACGUUUAUCUGGACAUUUGUGACGACGACGACUUUUAACGACGCCAAGCAAGAUACAGCUGCUACAGGAAGAA